AUGACUCCGAAGAAGCUUCCUACGUUCGAUGACUUGCCUUUGGACAAGAAUGGUCCUCCAGGCAAUGCAUGGGGUCUUUGGGGGCCGGACGAUCAACUCGGUAGGCUCAACUUGCUGACACCAGAGACCGUUCGCGCUGCAGCGAGUGAGAUAAGAGAAGGUAUCCGAAUAUCUUUAGACUGGCCACUUGACAAGCUUUCACAUCCCCCUUUUGGGAGACAAGCCCUUCAGCACCGCAUACUCAACAAAGCUCCCAUGACGAUGAAUGACGAUGUAAUCACGCUGAAUACGCAGAGCAGUACACAGUGGGAUGGCUUCAGGCACUAUGGAUACCAAAGGACUGGGCAGUUCUACAUGGGCCACAAACAGGAGGAAUUCGUUCCAGGAUCACAAUCUCUUGGGAUCGAUGCUUAUGCCAACAACGGCGGCAUCAUCGGUCGCGGUGUUCUUAUAGACUGGUACUCCUGGUCCCAACGCAACAACAUCUCUCUCUCCCCAUUCCAAACCAACGCUGUAGAAAUGUCUCACAUCCACGCUAUUAUCGCCGAAGAGAAUAUCGAAUUCCACCAAGGCGAUAUCCUCUUUAUCCGCGUCGGUUUCACAGCACACUAUAACGCGCUCUCACCCCAAGAGCAGGAGAGCUUUCCCAACCGCCAGCCUGGAGGCCUUUUGGGGCUUGAAGCUACUAAAGAAUCCCUUAGAUGGCUUUGGGAUAGCGGUUUCGCAGCUAUUGCUUCGGAUGCUGCUGGCUUCGAAAGAGGCCCUGCGACGGGAGCGUAUAAUGAUCCUGAUGUUAGUAUACAUCAAUGGGCUCUGGCAGGAUGGGGAAUGCCAAUUGGUGAGCUCUUUGACUUGGAGGAGCUGGCAGAAGAAUGGCAAUUUUUCCUGACCACAUUCUUGCGUUUGGUCCCAAUAAACCUGAACUUCUCCCUCCAAAGGGCGAGGGACAAGGCAACCAGGGAAAGAAAGGCGGUCCACAUCACGAACCAGUAUCUGGAGAAAGACAAGCUACACGCAGAUGCUUACCUGAUACACAAGUCGAUCCCAAUCACCGAUUGGGACGUGGAAUUCCAUCACGAUGUUAAUUUUGGUUUGGCCGCCAUGAUGCUGCUGCAGAGUAGUGAUGAUCAGAUCAUUGCAACUCGCAAUGUCUACAAUCAGCGGAGGAAUGUCAAUAUGUCGGAUCCUCUCCAGAAGGUCGCUCCAACAGGUGAGGGCUUCCAUGUCGGCGACUUCCACCUUCACCAUCCGGUAUGGGGUGGAAACGAACUAACCACGAUCGAGUCCGAGGCCAUCGAGCUCCCCAACGGCCUUGACCAGGCCGGUAUGGAACUCUUGAAAACCCGUGGUUUUCGCACCUACUACCGAGGAAAAUGUUAUGCUGGGGAGUACAGCAGUACAAUUGACCUUACCUACAUCAGCUCGUCUCUUGUUCCAUUUGUUCGUCAAUGGCAGUCUCCAGACGUACCAGGCUUCGAGUCCGAUCACCGUGUCAUUAUGACCACAUUGAACCUCGAGCUCAAACGAGUGCCGAGCACCUACUACAUCUGGAAGCGCACCGAUCCCGACAAGUUUCGUGCGUGUGUUGGCGCGUCCCUGAAAACCAUUGGGUUUCCGGCACUGACAAGCCCCGCCAUGAUCGAUGACUACGGCCGCGAGGUCGCGCAGGCAUUCGGUCCAGCCAUUGAGACGUUGGUACCUCUAGCGUCCCCGCCAGGCUCCAAGCGUCCCAAGUCCCGGCCAAACCUUGUCGCUCAGCGAGCCCAGAAUCUUCUGAGACUGGCGGAGGAGAGAGAACGCAGCUCUCACAUCGCCACAGAGGCCCAGCAGCAUUACAAGGUCAAACGCUUGGCGCAAAACGUCAUUCGCAAAGAGCGUUCCGCCUCUUUCCAUCGCAUGCUCUCCCGGGAUAUCGCAAAACGCAGAAGACUCUACUUUUGGGCCAGGCGGGGCGCCAGCUGGAACAAGAAGGCCCUCAUGCCCAUCCGGCAGCUCAAGGGCAACAAUGUUACCCAUCGUACGCCUGACAGUAUGACUGGCUGCUUCAGACAGGCCAUGUGGCCAGACGGAACCAGUGACGAGCAGCAGGUCCCUCCCGACCGGCCACCCGACAACCCGGAGAGAGUUCCCUUUGUUGUUUCGCAGGACUUGGAAAUGUCCGAGGUCAAGAGGCUCAUCGCAGGCGCGCCUACUGGUAAGGCAGCAGGGCCAGACCUGCUAGCCUACGAGGGCAUGAAGAUGGCCCAGGAGGAACUUUUACCCUACCUUCACCACCUGUUUGCAGCCUGUCUCAAGCUCGGUCAUCAUCCCGCUGCCUUCAAGCAGGCUUCUACGGUCAUGCUGCGAAAGGCUGGCAAGGAUGACUACGAGCUUCCCAAGAGCUGGCGACCGGUCGCGUUGCUUCCUUGUAUGGGAAAGCUUCUGGAGAAGAUCUUUACCUAUCGGCUCAAACAGGUAGCUGUCGAGCACGACCUCCUCCCCGACGUACAGUUUGGCACUCCCGGCAAGUGCACCACCAAGGCGCUCCAGUAUCUGCUCAAAAACGUCUACUCCGCCUAG